AUGCGCCGCUUCGAACGGAUUUACGAUGUCGUUGAACCUGUUGAAGAGUACCGUGCUGGAGGCUAUCACCCAGUCCACCUCGAGGACACUUUUCACCACAGGUACCAUGUCGUCGGAAAAUGGGGCUUUGGCCAGUCUUCUACAGUUUGGCUUGCCAAAGACACAAGGCUUCAAAGAUAUGUAACGUUAAAGAUUCUCAAAGCCAACGUUUCAAGUGAUAGUCAAGAGCUCUCUAUUCUCCUCCAUCUGUCAAAAGCGAGUACGGAUUGUCCAGGUCGAAAUAUUGUUUUGCAAUUGUUGGACCAUUUUGAGCAUAGGAGUCCCAACGGCUUGCACCUUUGUCUCGUUUUCCCAGUUAUGAUGUCCGAUGGCGAAGCAAUGACUGUUCGAGAAAGGCCACGCUACUCAGAUUAUGUUCGCAAUAUUUCAAAACAAUUACUACAGGGGUUGAAUUUUAUCCAUGAUCAGGGUUUGAUCCACGGAGACCUCCAACCAGCUAAUAUAUUGUUCACUUUGAAUUCUAACUUAUCAAGCGAAAUAUUGACCGAGCCUGAACUCAGCUAUAUCCAAUGGCUCCCGGGAAUCGAAUCUGAUAAUAGUGCACCACGGUAUCUGGUAACCUCGCAACGUCCCCGUGGAAUGUUAGACGAUGUAGCGUUCUCAGCGCUUACAGUCAAGAUUGGUGAUAUGGGUGGAGACUAUAAAUUAUUGACUGUUACAAUAGCUUUAUGGAACAUACAAUAUAAUGCUUCCCCUGUAACACCGGUCGCUUUAAGAGCACCUGAGUUACUAUUCCAGCACUCUUGGAAUCAGAAGAUAGAUAUAUGGGCUCUGGGUUGUCUGAUAUUUCAACUUACUACAAACGAAGCCCUCUUCCCGAUAGAGUGUUUUGGUUGUAGUAAGGACGAAGUUGAUAGAACUCUGCGAUCUCUCAUUGAUAACCUUUUUGAGGGUGGCAUUUUGCAAUUCACUUCGCGUAUUCGUGAGAAGGUUCCGACCGAUUUUGGCCAAGAGGAAUCGGAGAACCUUGCCGAUUUUCUUUGGGCAAUGUUACAGGAAUAUGCGGAAGAUAGAAAAGCAACUGCUGAACUUCUCAGCCACCCAUUUAUCGUUGGAUUAAGUGGUGCAGCGAAUGGAGAAUCUAGUCGAUAUAUGACACACUCAGUACGAUAA